GUACACGUUUUUGGCUCCUAAUUUAGCGUUCUGAAUCAAUUUAAGUUUCGGGAGCAACUUAUAACUCUUGAAUAUGCAAGUAUAUAAACCCCCUAUACAUGCUAAAAACUGAUGAACAAAAGAAAAGAUUGAGGUAGUGUCACACGAUUUUGCAAUGGGAUAAUCCACAUUUUUUUGCCAGAGGAUAACCUACACCUCUGUCAACAGCUUUUAUAUUCAAACUCCCUUGAUCUAGCCUCCCAUCAUUGAAGUUGGAAACAUGGCUUAAAUUUCACCUUAUAGCAUUUUCUUUCAGAAAAAUAACAACAAUGGGCUUGAACUUCGAAUCUGAUAAAAAGAGCACGAAUUGAUAAGAAGAAUAUCAUGCAAGAUGACAUCCCUCUACGUAAGCUACUUCGUUAUCAUCCUGAAGGACCCCCCCAAAAGAAGUUCUUUGCUAUCCCACGGAAAUGAAACAAAGUAGUGAUAUCUCGAGGAUUGUUUUCAAUGGAAACGGUUGCUUCUUCAGUUGUGCCCGAGAAAAUAUAACCAAGUUUAAACCUCAGGAGAUGGUUGGUUCGGAUUAUGAGCCCUUUGUUAUACCGGGUCUUCCUGAUCGGAUUGAACUGACUCGGUCUCAGCUUCCAGUGCUUCGAUUUAGACAACAGCAUAUGCGAAAACCUGAGGAUAAAAGUCUUGGGGUUGUGGUUAAUAGUUUCUAUGAAUUGGAGCCAGCUUAUGCAGAAUGUUUCAAGAAAGAAUUGGGGAAUAGGGCGUGGCUUGUAGGGCCAGUAUCUUUAUACAGCAGAAAUAUUGCUGACAAAGUUGAGAGAGGUUAAAGGGCCUCAAUUGAUGAGCAAGGCGUUCUCAGCUGGCUUGAUUCUAAAGAACCCCAUUCAGUUCUUUACAUUAGCUUUGGAAGCUUAGCUCGUUUAGCUCCACAACAGCUCCUGGAGAUCGCACAUGGUCUCCAGGCUUCCAACCACACCUUUAUCUGGGUAAUUGGAAAAGUCUUCAAAGCCGAGGGGAAAGAGGAAGAAAAUGAAAAAAAUUGGUUUCCAAGUGGGUUUGAAGAAAGGAUGAAGGAAUCCAAAAACGGACUAAUAAUCCGGGGAUGGGCACCGCAGUUGUUGAUACUAGAACAUGCCUCGGUGGGAGGUUUCAUGACACGUUGCGGGUGGAAUUCUACUUUGGAAGGUGUGAGUUGUGGUGUACCAAUGAUCACAUGGCCGAUAUCAGCAGAGCAAUUUUAUAAUGAGAAACUGAUAACUGAUGUCCUGAAGAUUGGAGUCAAAGUGGGGAGCGUAGAUUGGCUUUCAUGGAACAUGGAGCCGCGGGCAGCAGUGGGAAGAGAGAAGGUGGAGGCGGCGGUGAAGAGGCUGAUGGGUGGCGGGGAAGAGGCUGUGGAGAUGAGAACUAAAGCAAGACAGAUCGGAGAAAUGGCUAAGAGAGCUGUUGAAGGUGGGUCAUCGUACAAGGACGCAGUUCCUUUGCUCAAGGAGCUUGAGGCUCGCCCAAAAACGGACCCAUGAUGUUUAUUGUUCCACUAGGUUACAAUCGGAGGAGUAAUGGGAUUGUAAUUGGAAUUUGCUCCAAAUCCAUGCCUAGUAAAUCUUAACUUAAAAAGUUUCUAAAUUAUUGAAAAAAGCUUAAAUUAAUCUUUA